AUGAGAGCCGUGUGUGAUAGCCGUCGUUGUACCCGAACGUGUUGUUUGCGAUGGCUGGCUGACGGUAACGGUGAGUGCACGGAACGAGGUAUCGACUCGAGACGACUCCUACUUGCCAUUGAUCCGUACCUACAGCAAUCGUCGUCGAUCAUGAUGAGUUCUGCCGACAAGCAAUCCGUCCUACGGGAAGAAAAAGGUUCCAAACGACGACUUUCGUGCUUUCUACAAAACCUCCAGCGGAAGAACACGAAACAAACCCAACGACGGCGUUCGUUGCCGCUCACCCGUGAUAUCUCUCGUCACGAUGCCGAUCCCAACCGCGAUUCCAAUCCAAACGGAGGAAUACCACGAUUGGAGACUUACGCUUCUACGGUACUUCAAUCCAACGAGGCGGCGAUGCCGGUCGUCGUCGGAGACGCUAGGACAACAACAUCAACCGCAACCGCUAGUACUGUUACUCACGACGACAGUGGUACGCCAGAGCAGGAGCACCGCACCGCAACCACGCCUCCCGAUGCGUGCACGGACUCCGCCAACGCUACUGAUACGGUAGCCGAAGACGAAUGGGCCUGUCCACAGUGUACACUACGGAAUCGAUUGCGAAGCAAACGCUGUCAAGCGUGUGCUUGUCGACGUCCGCCGUCGUCAGUGGACGCAUCGUACCUCGCAAUACCGUCGUCGUCGUCAGCUCCAGCCGUCACACACCGUCGGGACACUCGAAACAAAUCUUCGCCUUCGUCAGGAACUACCGCCUCUUUGGUGGAUGCGGGGUGCGACGCCACCGCGGCUCGGGAAAACAAAGGCACACCCCCUACCACCAGUGCACAGAACAAAAGGAAAAGUCCCGACUCGACGAAACUGUCGUCGCCGCCCAAGAAGCAAAAAGUUAGACAAGCCACUACCAAUAAGACUACACCGCGAUCUCCCACAACCAUUCCUGUUAGACAGACUACCGCGGCGGAAGCCCCACGUUCAUUGCUUACGUCGAUAGAGGAAUCAAAGUACCAUUCCGGAACUGCUUUUCAGCAAAGACAGUCUCCACAAAUAAAUACGACCUACACGUCUCAGAACACCCAUGUCUGGGACGCCGCUCGAAAGUUGACGAAACAACAAGGUGAGUUAAUUCAACAGCAACACUUAUCCAUUGUCGAUAUGCAACAACGGAUGGCUGUCUUAAGCGACCGACACGACGAACUGGUUCAACUCCUACACGAGUUGCGGGCCCAACAAGGUGCGCCACUGUUCAGCACGGAUCCAGUGGGUUCCACAAUUACCCCAGGCUUGGACGACUCUCGUACUAUAGCACACUCUCGGCUAAAGAAACCGACCGACUUGGCGUUCGAGCCCUCAACGCAAACGCUGUCUCAAUCGUUGUCCCAAGUUUCCCCCACUAUCGAAUCACCUAUUCUUUCGGAAGGCUCUCAGACGAUGGACCCAAACGAACUUUCCUUCUCCCAGCUCUACUCAAGAACAAAGGGAGUUCCUUUCCCUCCGCCAUCCCCGGGUGCCUCAUCAAGUACCGCACAUCUCACUUCCCAAGACAUGCUCGCUUCCCAGACCGUAUGCGUGACAACAAAUGCUAGUGCUUUUGCCUCUUUGGAGACCAUUUCUUCGAAAGCAAAUAGGUUGUCUCGCCUCCAGACCACAGAGGCUACAGCUGGCUCCGACUACGGUUCCUCCAAUACGCACCAGGACAGUGCUCGUCGUGAUUCGCAACUACAGAGGAAAGUCAACAACAUACCUUUGGGAACGGCAACCAAUCGCAAAAUGCCAACGGCAACUCCCGGAAACCAUUCCACGACUUGGAUUUCCAACAGAUCGGCGCGAACUUUUUUGAAAGAUCUGGACGUGACCGAUGAGGCGGCGUCAAGAGCUAAGUGUAGCGAACACCCAACUUGGGAAAAAUCUCGCAACGACCAGAGAAUGACACGACGUCGUACGUAUGGUGGAGCCGAUUCGCGCAAGGACGCUUUGUGGGACGACGAGGAUGGUGUCGUAGGGUGUGAGCAUAGCCAGAAACCCACUUUUGCCUACCAGGAAACUGUCCGCUGUAGGGCCCAGCGUCAAAACCUGCCAUGCCACGACUGUACGGAAUGCCGUCGCUUUUUGGAAAUUUUGCGCGAACAAGGGCACGAUCUUAGUCAGACCAACGAACCCCUUCAGUACAGUCGCCAUCGGGCGUCGUUUACUCCACCCGAAACUCCAGCGGACUUUUGGGAGCUGGAUUUCAUUGACGAAAAGCGACAGCGGGAAAAGGAAGAGGCCGAGCAAGCGUCGGCAUCAAUGGAGCGGAAUAAGGGGAAAAUUUGA